CUCCGCUCGAUGAGCUCGGCGCUCUGGCGCCGCUCGGUGUUCGGUUGUCCCCGGUGGCGAGCGAGUGACGGGAGGGACGAGGUGCCGGCCCCGUUCCCCUUCACCGGCGACAUGUCCACCGCUAUGAACUUCAGCAGCAAGAGCUUCAAGCCGCGGCCGCCGGACAAGGGCGCCUUCCCCUUGGAUCAUUUCGGGGAGUGCAGCGCCUUCAAGGAGCGGUUCAUGGAGUGCCUCCGCAACAGCGGCUACGAGAGCGGUGCCUGCCGACAGCGCGCCAUGGCCUACCUGGAGUGCCGGAUGGACAGGCAACUUAUGGCUAAUGAACCACUGGAAAAACUGGGAUUUAAAGACCUGAUUGAUGAGAAAUCAGAAGAAAAACAUGAAAAGUUCUGAUGAAGAUGGACAGCUUUACUCCUCAUGUAUGGAAGGCAUAGCUCUUAAUGUAGUACAUAUUGUACGUCCUGUUCAUAUUGCAAUAGGAAGUGUUUCCUGAAGGAACCUUUUUCAAGGUCUAAUUUUCCUAAAAUAAGUUUAUUUUUUAAAAAUAUGAGCAAAAGUACUGCCUUUGUGUGAUUUCUUCAGGUAUUUUUUCUCCCUUUUAAUUUCUCUUGCCUGCUUUUAAAGAUCCAUAAGAACCUGGAGAAAACAAUUAUUGCCUGAAGUGUUCUCCAUGUCUCCAAGAAUGGUGAACUCUUAUUUUAAAAAGACAAAACAAACAUCUCUGUGGUGUAGAUGUUGGACUACAGAUUAAUCUUACAUGGACAUUACUAAUGUGCUUACAGCUGUUUUCAGGUGUAAAUAAAACUUGUACUUGUGAAUUGUUUUUUAUUA